CGAGUUCAACAGCACUCUACACGCACACCGUCGACGACAAUGGCUCCCCUCAAGGGCAUCUUGAAGAACUCUGGCGGACAGCAGCAGGCCGAGGCCGGCCCCUCCAAGCCCCGCGCGCAGCCCAAGACUGGCUCCAAGGGCUCGAUCAAGGUCGCGGUCGAGAAGCCGGCCAACAAGUCGCAGCCCAAGGCCAAGGGCGGCAAGGGCGUCAAGAUUGUCAAGCCAGUCAAGGAGGAGGUCGACAGCGAGGACGACAAUGACUUUGGGGACGACGACGAGGAGCUCGACACCGAGGACGAGAUUGAGCGCGCGCAGGCGGAAGCUGCUGGCGGCGAGAAGAAGCCUCUGAAGCGCAAGCGCGUGACCACAGCAGCCGACUUCGGAAGCACGCUCACGAGCCUGCUGUCCGAGUCGGCCGUCAAGCCGAAGAAGGCCAAGACGGCUACCAAGCCGACGACCGAACCAUCCGCGCCGAUCCUCGCGCUGUCCGCCAAGCCGCUCCCGCCGUCCGCCGCAUCAGACAAGCUCGAGCGCCGCGCCGCACGGGCACUGAAGCAGGAGAAGCAGGAGCGGCUCGACCGCGCGCGCAUUCGUAACGUCGUCGAGGGGUGGGUGCCGGCCGAGGGCGCGGGCGAUGUCGGCUCGCAGGAGUUUGAGAGGGGGCUGAGGAAGACGGCGCAGCGUGGUGUCAUCAAGCUCUUCAACGCCAUCCUCGUCGCGUCCAAGAACGCCGAAGCCGCCGCGACGACGCUGUCCGCCAAGGCCGGCCUCAAGCCCGAGGCGCCCAAAUCGCGGAAAGAGAAGGACAACAUCCUCGGCCGCGGUAGCCGCGAGGACGUGCUCACCAAGGAGAGCUUCCUCGACCUGGUGCGCAAGGGCGGAUCGAAGUGAGCGCCGAGUUGCAUGCGUGGGGGUUGGGUUGGUCGGUGUUCUGUGCCAUGUUACAUUGGAG